GAAUGGAGACAUUUGAAAUAAAUUCCACAUUCGAUUUAUACAACGUUCUCUAUGCAGUUGAGCAAUUUGGUACACUAAUUCAAGACUAUUUUUGGAUAGCUUCCUGCUUUUCAAAUUUAUUUCAUCUAUUUAUUUUGCUUCACAAGGAACUGCGAUCUUUGGGAAUAUAUACAAUAAUUACUGGAAUUUGUAUUGCUGAUUUAACAGCAGCACUUGUAAAUCUACAUUAUUUUGCCAUUAAACAAUCACUGCUACCUGAAAUCAAUCCAAUUCCUCCGCCAUGUUUACGCAGCGACUAUAAAGAUUUUAUCCCAGUGAUCAAACUGCAGCAGAAACUGGAGGCUUUAGGGCAUCGACUAGCAGUUUGGUUGGCAAUUUUAUUGUGUUUUAUAAGAAUUAUAUCUCUCAAAUCUCACACGAAGAGUUGGGUUGGGAAGAUUAACAAGCCAAAAAAUACGAUAUAUAUGAUGGCUGGGAUUGCAACUUUUUGGCUUUUACUCGAUUCAUGGCAGUUUUUAUUCACUACAGUAUUUUGGUUGCCCGACAAUAUUGCAGACGUAUGCAAAGUACUUCCUCCGAAAUUCAUAAAGCAAAUCAACGUGUAUGCAAUUCCUUCGAGUAUCAAUAGUAUUUCAACUUAUAUUUACGAACUCAGUCCCAAACUUAAAAUCGCAUCUGUAGUACUUCUUGUGACGUUGACUUGUAUUUUAUUCCGAGUACGGAAGCUCUCCGUACUCGAAAACGAUGAAUCAUCGGAUAACACGAGGCUGAUUUUAUUCAUGUCUGUUUUGUUCACAUUUCCUGAAGUUUUCGGAGCACUUGAAUCAGCAAUACCGUAUUCAGAAAGUGAUAUCGUAUAUUUAGAAAUGUCAACAACAGCUAUAGUCGUAUCAAAUAAUUUGAGAACACUGAAUUCUAUAUCACAUGUGUUUAUGUGCUAUUCUAUAUCAACACAGUAUAAGAAGGUCGUGAGAAGUUUGGCAUUUUGGAGGCAUCCAGAUGUGGCAGUUGUUGGCGAUGUUUCAAUGCAACUAAUGAAUUAACCUCGUGGAGAAUGACUCAAAACCUUUCGAAAUCUCUUCAAAAUGAGAUCUGCUUUUUUUGAUUUCUUUUUUUUUUUUUAAUAUUUGUGGUAUCAGUUUGGUAUAAGUUUUAUACUAUUUCGCGUAAAAAUAUCCUAUGACAGAACAAUAAAAAUUGUUUUUUU